AUGGUUAAAUUCACCGCAGUUUUUGCAGCAAUUGCUGCCGUGGCUUUCGCCGCUGCUGAGUCGGAGUCGAAAGUUCACCAGCUGAGUGAUGACACUAUGGACGACUUCGUCAAGGGUCACAAAUACUCUUUGGUGAAGUUCUACGCUCCCUGGUGUGGUCACUGCAAGCGACUUGCUCCCGAGUUCGAGCAGGCUGCUAAUGAGCUCGCUGAGGAGAUGGGCGAGGAGGAGCUGGUGCUUGCUGAGAUCGAUGCCACUGCUAAUAAGAAGAUGGCUCAGGAGUAUGGCAUUAGAGGUUUCCCUACGAUGUUCUGGUUCGUUGAUGGUGAGAAGUCAGAGUACAGUGGUGGACGUACUGCGGUUGAGAUCAAGAGUUGGUGCACUGAGAUGACUGGUCCUGCUGUUAAGGAAAUCAGCAGUCGUAAGCUGGCUGAGGAGCAGGCCGGCACGAAGCCUAUCUGUGUUUAUGAGGGGCCUGAAGCCUCUACUGACUUCGAGGAGAUUGCUGCUAGGAAGAGGACGGAGUUCACCUUCUACCAUGUUGCGGUUGACACUGAGAAGCCGACUGUGAGUGUUCAGCAUAAGAGUGAGGAGCCUGUCGCUUGUGAUGAUCUUACUUUUGAUGGUCUCAAGAAGUGCCUCGAUGACAACACACUUCCUCUUUUCGGUGUUCUCGACGGUGAGACUUACGAGAAGUACAUGACCUCUGGAAAGGGUCUUGUCUGGGCCUGUCUCGAGAUGGAGUCCAGCGAUGAUCUUGAGAAGGUCGCCGACGAAUAUCGUCCUCUCAUUAAGGAAGUAGCCGAGGAGUUCAAGGACCAGUUCGCCUUCCUCUACAUUGAUACUAUUCAGUUCAAGAGGUUCCUCGAGGGUGUGCUUGGUGUGACUGAGCUUCCUACUCUUGCUGUUAACAAGAAGGCUGGUGACAAGCUGAAAUAUCUCUACACUGGUGAGAUGACUGCUCCCAAGGUCGACGAGUUCUUGAAGAAUGUUCUUGACGGUUCUAUUGAGCCGACAUUGAAAUCUGAGCCUGUGCCCAGCUCUCAAGACGAGCCCAUCCACGUUGUCGUUGGGUCCACUCUAGUGGAGGACGUGUUCCAGCCCAACAAGGAUGUUCUCUUUGAAGUCUACGCCCCUUGGUGUGGUCAUUGCAAGAGGCUUGCCCCUGAGUACGAGAAGGUUGCUACGAAGAUCGCUGAGUCAGGUCUCGAUGACAUGGUCGUGCUCUCUAAGAUGGAUGGCACUGCCAAUGACUCUCCUGUUGAGAGCAUCUCCUGGGAAGGCUUCCCUAGUCUCUUCUAUGUGAAGGCUGGUGAGACUGAGCCUAUCAAGUACGAUGGUCCUCGUGAGGCUGAGGGCAUGUGGGAGUGGAUUGAGGAGCACCACUCGAACUCAGAGGGUCUGAAGGAGCGCGUUGCUGCCGGCAAGGCUGCUCACGAGGAGGAGGACUCUGAGGCCGAUAAGGGCGAGGAACUGUAA